UUGCGAUCUCCUUCGCCUUCGCCUUCGCCUUCGCCUUUGCCUUUGCCUUCGCCUUCGCGGCUCCGACCAAACCACCCCCUCCUCUUCGUCAACGCCAACGAUCGCCGCGCCAAAGGUGACUGUCCAAGCGAGUGUCGAAGCCGCGCGCAGUCAUCGGUCGCACCGCGUUCUGGAACUCUUUCGCUCCGGCUCGUUCAGACGCUCGUCAAGACGUUCCGCUGGCGCUUUCAGCGCGCGCUAGCUCUCGGCGAAUGUGCGCGAUCCCUCUCUCUCUCUCUCUCACACACACUCUCUCACUCUCUCUCUCUCUAUACUCGUCAACGUGCUCUAGGCCUCGUGACUUUUACACGCCUCACAGCUCACGCUUACGGUAAUCCUUCCAACCAGUGACUGACGAUACACCAGGCGUGCUAUACCUGUGCGCGUGAAACGUGCACCCGCACGAUCGAACGUCCGAUUCGUGCGACUUUGCUCGAUUUUCCCCGACGACAGCGAUGACAGCGAGCGCCGAGCGUGUUUCCGCUCGCGACGACUCGUCUCUGGGUGGUGGGCGCCGAGCCUAGGCUUCGAGAAAGUAUUUCCAAGUCGGUAGUGCGGCACGCUAGUCGACCGUCGAGCAGUCGAUGGUUUUGUUCGGCGACAACUGGACGAGUAGAACGAUAACGUCGUCGUAAUCGGCCAAGGAUAAGAAAAACCGGAAACGGAAGCGGAAACGGAAGCAGAGAAGCGAAAACGUUUGUCCGACGCAUCGACUCGACCUUGCCCUGGCCACGAUAUCAUGUCAAACCUGGACGGCUAAUUACGAAUGCCGUGGUGUUAGCUCUCGGGGAGGAUGUUCCACGGGGGCGGAAGCAGCGGCUACGGCGCGAGUUCCGACUACCAACAGCAGCAGCAACAACAACAGUCUCAGCAGCAGCAGCAGCAGCAACAACAACAACAGCAGCAGCAGCAGCAGCAGCAGCAACAACAGCAGCAGCAGCAGCAACAACACGGUCAACAACUUCAAGCGCCCGUUUACGUACCGUCCUCGAGGCCGACGAUCCCAUCGGCGGCGACGGCUGCUGCGGCCGCCGCGGCCGCCGCCGCCGCUCAGUACCACUCGUUCCCCGGCUCCGGCUCCCCGACUUGGGAGAAGACCGCGGCAGCGGCGGCCUCGUGGCAGCAUGGGGUCGAGACGUACGCCGCCCACCACGCUCUCGCUGGCCACGCGAGCGGAUCCGCGGCCGCGGCCGCGGCUGCUGCAGCCGCCAUGGGUCAACACUCGGGUCAUCCUCACCCUCACCCGCAUCCGCACGCGGCACAUCCGCACACCGGACACCAUCACUCCAGCCUCGCCGCCGCCGCUCCGUUUUACGCCCAAAACGUCGCCAUGAUGUCCUCCUGGCGCGCCUACGACGGAGCCGGCUUCCAACGAGCCUCCCCUUACGACACAGCGAUGGACUUUCAAUUCGGCGAGGGUCGCGAGUGCGUCAACUGCGGGGCUAUAUCGACGCCACUUUGGAGGAGAGACGGCACCGGGCAUUAUCUGUGCAACGCGUGCGGACUCUAUCACAAGAUGAACGGAAUGAACAGACCCCUGAUAAAGCCCUCGAAACGGCUGACAGCGACCAGACGUCUGGGCCUGUGCUGCACGAAUUGCGGGACCCGCACCACCACCCUCUGGAGGCGCAACAACGAGGGCGAGCCGGUGUGCAACGCUUGCGGCCUCUACUUCAAGCUGCACGGCGUCAACAGACCUCUCGCGAUGCGCAAGGACGGCAUUCAGACGCGGAAACGCAAGCCGAAGAAGACGCCCGAGCCGAAUGCCAGAUCGUCGUCCACCGUCGACCACGAGACCACCGCCGUGUCCGCCGCAUCCUCUCCGUCCACCGAAUUGAAAAAUAGUCAGCAACAGCAGCAGCAGCAACAACAACAACAGCAGUCACAGCAUCAGAUCGAGGUGUCAAAGUCGUCGACCGGUGGGGCGUCCAGUUCGUCGGACAGACCCGUCUACCUCGGGCACACGUCGCUGCUGGCGACGGGGAGCGUCGCCACGGUGAAGACCGAGCCGCGAAGUUGCGACGGCAUCGUCGGUCAACCCUACUCCUCGUACUAUCAGCAUCCCCAUCAGCUGGGGGUAGCGACCAGCGAGCAUCAACAGCAGACCUACUACGGAAGUAGCCAGGAGGCGCCGUAUCAUCAUCAGCAUCACGUUACCGCGGCCGCCAAGUUACUCGCCUCUACGUAAUCCUUCGUAAUUUUCGUCUCGAAACGAACGUCGCGCGUUUUCUCUCUCUCUCUCUCUCUCUCUCUCUCUGUUUCUCUCGUUUCUUGCUUCUGUCUGUCUACGACCGAUCGGCGAACGCCAGCCAACCAGACGAUCAUUUGAAGAACGCGCUCUCGUUCGUUUCGGAUCGUUCGUCGACGAUUCGCGCCGCCAGUUUGGUAAUCCCGAAGAGAGAGGAGGCAAUCGUCGAUCGUGUUCGAUCGAUUUCGACUUCUCCUGCUCCACGCGUGUGUCUCGCGUGUGUCUCGUUUUUGCCCCGGCGUAACUUUGGGCUCGCAACGAGCCGACUUGGAGUCGAAGGACACUCGAUUGUAAAUAAACGUUUACGAGUCGGCCGAGUUGGCGGAGCUACGUUUCCAUGGAUCGAGAUCGAGCUUUGGCGGAGUGAAGCGUCCGAUCGAGAUACCGUCGGGAGAGGCGCGGCGAAUCCGAAGCGCGCGAACGAAGAAAUCUGUCCGCUUCGAAGAAAUAAGUCAGCUUCUUUUGUACAGUUCCUGUAUGAUUAGUUUUUUUUUUUUUUUUUCCCCGACGCGCAAUAAUAAUAAAUACCAGUAGCUUUCGA